AUUUUUAUUAUGGAAGAAAAUUUUCUCCCGAACGAAAGUUUGGAGAAAUUAGCAGAUCAUGCACACGCUCUUAGUGAUUUUGAACAAAAUUUUGAUAAGAACAGCCUCGACGCGAACCAGUUCUCAGACCCGGGGUCACCAUUUGAGAAUAUCUUAAUAGAGGAGGAAGACCCUGAAGCAAAAAUCAGGGAGAAGCACAAAGCAGAAUUUAUCGGAAUAAUAGAGAAGAUCAAGAACGGGUUUGAGUCCACACCUGGCUUAGACGAGAACCGGAAGAAGGUGGGCCUUGAGGUCUUUCAGAAAAUCUUUGAGAUGAUAAAAUAACUUUGAAUACUCUUCUUGGUUCCUCAUUGAACAGCAAAGUUCUACCGUUCUCUCUACUAUUAACACCGAGAUGAGGAGCAAAUUGAAAGAAUUUAAUGUCGAGAGCGUCUGACAGCAAAUAGAGCAGUAUGUUUAUGACAACAUUAAGAAGAAGAUUUAUUCAGAUUCAACUGGGCUAGACCAGAAGAGCAUAUAUAAUUACCUCAAGAAUAUUGAUGAGCAUUAUCAGAAGUGCACUCCCUCAUUCUUGUCAAGCUGUUUCGAAGAGCUUGAGUUUUACAAAAUGCCUCAUAAAGAGGAGAAAGUUAAAUAUUGCGAGGAAGCUUGGAAAAGAUACGGUCCAAAGGAAAUUCAAGCUAUCACAAAUAAUUUCAAUUCCAACUGUGUAUACAACACUGAAUGAGGUUUCGAUCUAAGCCUGACCUCUCUUAAUCCAAAAAUUGCAGGAGUUCCUCUAGGAGCAUUCAAUAAUGACAUCAUUGAUAUUUUGUACCUCUGCAUCAAGGAACAAGAGAUAAAGGAUUAUUAUGGACUUUCAUAAUAAGGAUAAGUUUCAAUUGCAAUUUCUCCACCUGUUGGCUAACUUAAUUCG